AUGGCUCGUCACGGAAUUCUCGUUGUUCUGGCGGCCACUGUCCUCAGUGUUGGUGUCAACGCUGGGCCUUGCAAGCCGUACUCCUCGGUCGCUUUGUCCUCCACGAUUGCUGUCGAAACCACUCCGACAACUCUCGAGACUACAUCCUCGAUAAUCACUGCCGAUGUCACUGAUACCAUCGAUUUUCUCGAAACAACUGUCACCGAGCCUGCCACCGGCUCCACAGAGACUACCGAUGCUCUCGAGAGUACCAUCACCGAAUCUGCGACCGACACGAGCGCUGCGACGAGUGCAACGCUCGAGCCCACUACCACUACCGCUGCUGGACCUGGUCCUUGCGUUGAGACUCAAAUCCUCGUCAACCCCAGCUUUGACGACAACAACGAUGGAUCCCCAUGGGUCCUUGGUGCUGGAGUCACGGUCUCUCAAAUAGACCCCCGCUCGGCCCCCAACUUUCUCAUCAACGGCCAGACCCUCCAGUCCAGCGCCACCCUGACCGACAGUGGCCCCUACGAUCAGAGGUUCUCAAGCCAGUUUUUCACCGCUCAAGAUCAGGGCUCGCCUGCUACCCUGUCCGUGUCAGUACAGUGCCAGGGCUCCUUCAACACUAUUAUUAUCGGUACCGACGAUUUCUCGCUCACGCGCACUUGCGGUAACUAG